CAACAUUGAAAGCAUGUAAAAACUAAUGCCGCAUCGGUAUAUUCAUAACAUUGCAAUUCUUGAAUUGUAAAAUGUUUACUAUUUAGUGUUGAAUUAGUAUUCGAUCAAUUUUAACUGUUUUAUACUUUAAUGGUAAUAUAUCAUGUUAUAAUUUAUAACUCGUGUGCAUUCAAUCAAAAAAUGCAAUCUAGAAAUUCGUAAAAAAUAUUAAAUCAUGGAGAUGAAAAAACACCAAGAAGAUCAAUUUGCUAAAUUAGCCGUGUUUUUGAGUGAAACUAAACAACCUUUCAUCAAUGUCCAAACAGAUCAAAUUACUCAUGCAAUGGAACUUCUCAAAGUACUGCCAGCUGCACAGGAUGCUGUUCUAGAGUAUUAUGGAAAGUUUUUUGACUAUGCUAUUUCUACAUACUUGAAACAGCUCAAAGUACAGCCAUCUUGGGUUGAAUCUUCAAAUUCAUCAUCACGACAUGAGCCUCCAAUCAUUCCACCUGAAGUGAUUGAAAAUGUGACCAGUAUACGAGAUGUUUUACUGAGAUUAGUUGAAGAAGAUCACUUAGUUUGGGCUCAUGUUGUAUUACAUUGGUCAUAUAAGUUAUUAGGCAAAGUCUCCAAACACUAUAACGUUAAUGAAUUUGCUAGAGUGCCAUUGGGAGAAAUGCUUCGAUUUUGGUCUCAGUGUUCAGUUGCAUAUAUAUUAGUAGAUAUAAAUAAUAAAACAAUUGCAAAAAUGGUUAAAGCAGAAGGAGAACGAUCAGUUGACCCUAUGAUAGAAAUCAUGUUGGGAUAUAAAAGUUCAAGUUUUGAAUGGGUGUUAGCUCAAAUUGGUGAUAGUUUUCCAUCAUUAGUUGUAAUGGAUAUGCUAUUAUAUGGUAUCAAAGAAAUGUGUUCUACUAAAAAGUUUAAGUGUACUGAAAAAUUAAAUUCAUUUAUUAGAAUUAUUGAUCAUCUUUCAUUAACAUACUUCGACAACAUAAAAGAUGUAGUGUUUAAAUUAUUUAAGUUGAGUUUAUGUGAAGAACAUCAAAAAUUGACUGCCGAAAAUGUUAUGAUAGUUCCUUUUCUAUUGCACAUGGCUAUGUGUUCUUCAACAUUACUUAAUUCUAUGUUGUGUGAAAAUUUAACUCAAAUUACCCCUGAGUUACUCAAUAAACUAGUACCAUUGUACUCGCAAUGGAAAAAAUAUUUUGAUGAAAAAUGCAGUUUAUUGGAUAUUUUAGUAAAAAUGUUGUUGAAUGCAGAUAGAGGGAUCAAACAUGUAUUCAAUUUAAUAUUUCAGCUAUUUGGUUGUGAAGAUCCAAAAUUCAAGACACUAAAAACUGGAACUCAGACAUUAUUUGAAAUAUUUCUUGCCGAAAUUGAAUUGACACUUAACACUAGUCUAUUAUCACCACCAAUAGUUAAAGAACUACUUGCUAAUUUGUACACAUUCAAACCAUAUUUGUUGUCAACAAAUGUUGAUGUUGCUCAGCCAGCUGCUAGGCUCUUUAAUCGUGUCGCGAUUAGGGAUCCAGAAUGUUUGUUACCAUACAUAGCAACAAUGUUAAUUGAGUCUAAAAAUAGUACACAGCUAGAAACAUUAAUUGAAGUUCUAUCAUUUGGAUCCAACAUGGCUUAUUUUAAUGCUAGUUUAGUUUACGCUUUGGCCAAAACUGAUGUUUCCUUAUCCAAUAUGUGGAACAAUAUUAACACUUUAAUAAGUUUGGAAUCCGAUCUACCUGAUGGUAUUUCAAUAUAUGGUGUAUCAUCAGCAGUUGUUUCACAUCUAGAUAAAAUAUGCCGAUCAAUGAUUGAAAGUUGCCAUUGUGGAGAUAUGAACUCUGCUCACUUGUUGUCAUUUAUACUGUCUAAAGUUUCUGAAAAGUUGUGCAUGAAAGAAUUAUCUGUACCCAAAGUAUUAUAUUGUGUUAAAUCAGCCGUAUUAUAUUUCUUCACCUGUCUUUUCAAAGAAAAAGAUGAGAUGUUUAAACUAAAAGCUUGUCUUCGAAUGAACAAAUUUGUCAAUACUGUCAGUUAUCGGUCAUCCAUUGCUAGGACAGCUGCUAUGAAAUAUAUUUUGGAUGGUGUAUUGAAGGAACCAUUUUCAUUGCUGUUUGUCAUGCCAGAUAAUAGACGUAACGACUAUAUAAUUCAGCCACUUGAAAAGACUUCAUUAACAGGAUCAUUCUUUCAACAGGAGUAUAAUUCAAUGUUUGGCAGAAAAAUAACUUUAAAGUUCGAUAAAGAUGGAUUACAUCCAAAAUACAAAAUGCCGGUUUUUGAUGCAAAAAGUGUACGUUUUAAUGAGCAACGUCUAGUUUCGUUUUUGCGUUCUUGUUAUUCAUCUGAUGAAUGUUAUUCAUUUGAACCGACAUUAGAUACAGUAGUAUCUCUAGCUUUAUUAGUUGUUCAAUUUGUAUCGCCAGAUGUAAUGUACAACGGUUUGCCAUGGCCUGAUGAAGAUUUUACUAAAGUGACUAUAGAAAGAGAUGUUCAUAUAUACCAUACAAUCACUACCAAACCAAUCCUUUGGACAAUACUUGGAAUAUUGGCUGGUCAUCGACCAGCACUUUGCUAUUGUUCAGUCCUAUUACGAGCAGUCUGUGCUUGUUUAAUAAACCACUGGGGGGCUGUCAAUCAUACUAAAGGAAAGUCAAAAGACAAUCCACAAUUGUUGGAUGAUACUGUAAAAUUAUUAAACACUAUGUCACUUGGUCAGCUUUUACCUAAACCUUUAGACGUCCUAGGUGUUAUUGUUCGAGAACUUACUCCACAACAGAUACUGAUAAUGCUGCGUGAUUGCGUUUGGACUUAUACCAGAGAUAAUAUACCUGCACCAGCACUUUUCUUAAGAAACAAUAUAGGUGGUAUGUGGAGAGAUACAAUGGCAGUUUCUGUACCAAAACCAUACUCUGAUUCUUUAAGACUUACAAUGAUUGAAAAUAUAUCAGAAUUUGGUGAUUUGUAUGCUAGGCUAUUUACUAAUAGUAAAGAACAAUCAAUAGAAACUUAAUAUAGUAUAAUAUAAAAUUAACUUGGUGUAUAUUAUGUAUAUUUGUAUAGUAUAGA